AUGUUGCUGUUUGUGAUCAGCUUUGCCGCUUUAGUUUGCACCAUCGCUGCACGGCCUCCACUCGGCUACCUGGAGAAUCAGUUCACCGCCGAGUCAGGGGAAGUACGCUCAGCUGCUAUCAAGAGACUUCUGGAAGUUUUUGGGAUGGAUGAUCCUCCUGCUAUGCAUGGACACAAACAGCCACCUCAGUACAUGCUCGAUCUGUACAACACUGUUGCUGAUGUGGACGGUGUGACAAAGGACCCGUAUCUGCUGGAGGGGAAUACUGUGCGCAGCUUCUUUGACAAAUUGCGCAGUGAACAGGUGGAGUUCAGGUUCAAUUUGUCCACGGUUGCAAGAACUGAGAAGAUUCUCACUGCAGAGCUGCAUCUGUUCAAGCUGAGACCUCAGGCUACACUGACAUUCAACAGACACCAUUUCUGCCAGGUUAGUGUUUAUCAGCUGCUUGACACCAGCAAAAACAACACACAGGAGAAGAAGCUGCUGUCCUCUAGACUGAUCCCAGUCCACUCUACUGGCUGGGAAGUGUUCACCAUUACACAAGCAGUCCGCUCCUGGAUGAGUGAUGAACACAGUAACCUGGGGCUCCAUGUGGUGGUUCGGACUCUUGGAGGAAGUCAGAUGGAUCUGAAGCUGAUCCGCUUCGCUUCAGGACGCAACCACCACCAGAGCAAACAGCCCAUGUUGGUCCUCUUCACGGACGAUGGCAGCCGCUCCACUACUCUAGAAAACCUUGACCCGAACGAUACAGAAGUCAGCUCCGACCUGCCCUCAGCCCCCAUGUCAGGCCCUCCCCCCCGCAUCGCCCGCUCCCUGGACUACAGCGAGGAGGACGGUGCCUCUUCGCCCUGCCAGCGCCAGCCCCUCUACGUCGACUUUGAGGAGAUCGGGUGGUCGGGCUGGAUCGUGUCUCCUCGCGGCUACAACGCCUACCACUGCAAAGGCUCCUGCCCCUUCCCCCUGGGUCAGAACAUGAGGCCCACCAACCACGCCACCGUCCAGUCCAUCAUCAACGCUCUGAAGCUGAUCAAAGGCAUCGAUACACCUUGCUGUGUCCCCGACAAGCUCUUCUCCAUCAACUUGCUUUACUUUGAUGAUGCAGAGAAUGUGGUGUUGAAACAGUAUAAUGACAUGGUGGCAGGAAGCUGCGGCUGCCACUGA